GAUUAGGCAAUUUACAACAGCGAUAGCUCAUCUGACGACUACAUAUUUGACUGUACGUGUAGCGAGCGUACUCAGUGCAAGUGGAGGUACGAAAAUGAAAGCAACAACCGAAAAAUUGGCAAAGCUGCGGGAGCUGAUGCAAAGUGCUACCACUCCGGAAGGAACUGGAAUCAGUGCCUAUGUGGUACCAUCGGAUGAUGCACACCAGAGCGAAUAUCAAUGUGCGCACGAUGAGAGACGAGCAUUUAUAAGCGGAUUCACUGGGUCCGCCGGCACAGCGGUUAUAACGAACGACAAUGCGUUAUUGUGGACGGACGGUCGGUAUUAUCAACAGGCGGAGAAUGAGCUGGAUGCUAACUGGACGCUGGUCAAGGAUGGACUGGCAGCAACGCCAUCGAUUGGUACAUGGCUGGGAAAGAAUUUGCCCAAAGGCAGCGCCGUUGGCGUUGAUCCGCGCUUAUUCUCAUUUCGCGCUGCGAAAACGAUUGAGAAGGAUUUGAAUGCAUCCGAUUGCACUUUGGUGGGCAUCGAAGAAAACCUAAUCGAUCAGGUUUGGGGUGAUGAUCAGCCGCCGCGUCCCUCUAACACUUUGAUAACAUUAGAUUUGAAUUUUGCCGGCGAAACCAUCGCCGAGAAAUGGGAACGGACUCGCGAGCAAAUGAAGCAACAGAAUUCGAAUGCCUUAAUCGUUAGCGCUCUGGAUGAGAUUGCCUGGUUCUUAAAUAUGCGCGGCUCGGAUAUUGCCUAUAAUCCAGUAUUCUUUGCAUUUAUGAUCGUAACACACGAUGAUAUUGUUUUGUAUAUUGAUUCGUCAAAACUUCCAGCUAACUUUGAACAUCAUCUUCAGCAAAAUGGGGUCAAAAUAUCAAUCUGUCCCUACGAGUCGAUCGGUGAUGGAGUACGUCAAAUGACAUGUGACGUGAACGAUAAAGUAUGGAUAUCGCCCACGAGCAGUCUGUAUCUGAAUUGUCUAGUACCGAAAUCAGCGCGACAUCAAGAUAUCACACCAAUUGCCUUAUUCAAAGCGAUUAAAAAUGAUCGAGAGGUCGAGGGCUUUGUGAAUAGUCAUAUUCGAGAUGGCGUUGCAUUGUGCCAGUAUUUCGCUUGGCUGGAAGCAGCUGUGGAACGGGGCGAGGCAGUCGAUGAAAUUUCUGGUGCGGAUAAAUUGGAAGAGUUUCGCCAGACUAAGGACAAUUACAUGGGUCUGAGCUUCACAACGAUAAGCUCGUCGGGUCCUAACGGUUCGGUCAUUCACUAUCAUCCAGCACAGGAGACAAAUCGACCCAUCAACGACCAGGAAGUCUAUCUAUGCGAUUCGGGCGCUCAAUAUCUGGAUGGCACGACUGAUGUGACCAGAACUUUUCACUUUGGCACUCCCACCGAAUUCCAAAAGGAGACCUAUACACGUGUACUGAAGGGCCAGCUUACAUUCGGAUCCACAGUGUUUCCUACAAAGACAAAGGGCCAAGUUCUGGAUGUGCUGGCUAGAAAAUCUCUCUGGGACAUCGGCUUGGACUACGGACAUGGCACUGGGCACGGCAUUGGGCAUUUCUUGAACGUUCACGAAGGUCCGAUGGGCGUUGGAUUCCGGCCAAUGCCCGACGAUCCUGGACUACAGCAAAAUAUGUUCAUUUCUAACGAGCCCGGAUUCUAUAAGGAUGGGGAAUUCGGCAUACGCAUCGAGGACAUUGUCCAAAUUGUGCCCGCACAAUUAAACCAUAAUUUUUCCAAUCGUGGCGCUCUUACGUUCAAAACCAUCACAAUGUGCCCAAAGCAGACGAAAAUGGUUAUCAAGGAACUGUUGACCGAGAUUGAAGUCAAACUGCUCAACGAUUACCAUAAAUUGGUUUGGGACACGCUCUCCCCACUUUUAUCCGAUGAUCCUUUCACCUUGGAGUGGCUUAAAAAAGAAACCAAUGCCAUAUGAAUAACGUUUUAUAAUAAAAGCCACAGAAUUAUUUCUUUCAUUUUUUUAACAAUUAACGUUCUUUAAAUCAAUGCCGUUUGGUUCACUGAAAAAGUUAAUAACUAA